GCCGAUAAUAACGAACUGUAUGACCACCUCAUAACCUUGUUGGACAAAAUUUUAGCAUCUUACCCAACAGCAGGUGUAAUUGUUAUGGGUCACUUUAACCAGUUCGACUCCAAACGCCUUUGCAGAAACACGUCACUUAAACAAAUUGUAAAGAAAUGUACCCGUGGGAAUGCAACUUUGGAUUUAAUAUUUACUAAUAUGAAAUGUUGUUACAAUUACCCUGAAAUACUCCCUGCUAUUGGACAAUCGGAUCACAUGUCAGUCCUGUUACACCCCGUUAGUAACAAUCAUCGCCCUAAUACCAUUACUAAAGUCUGGGUCAGAAAGCGGAAGCAAUCAAAUAUGCAGGCAUUUGGUCGAUUUCUUUUGGAUCUUAACUGGAAUGUACUUUCGCAGCUACCCGAUUGUCAGGAAAUGUGUGACCUGUUUUAUGUCAUUAUUCUCAUGGGUCUGGAUACAAUUUCCCCCCAAAAAUCUGUUAAACUUCACUGUAGAGACAAAGCGUACGUGGAUUACCCCUGA